GUUCCCCCCCAAUUUCAACACCCAGCACGAGUACACUGCUUGUGAACAAUAUCAGCUACAGUGCAAGUCCUCGCUUUCUCUCAGAUAAUCAAGUGACAAUCACAGUCGCUAGUGACGGGACCUCUGUACUAACAGUGGACUUUUUCACUGACAGUGCUACUGCUGACUUUACACUCCCCAACAGCACAAGACUACUGACUCUACCAAUUCCGCAACUAUUGGGUUCUGUAAUCAGCCAAUCUUUGGUCGAUGCCAUGGGCACGGCAGCAAUAUAUUCAGCAACACAGAUUGUUUUUGCCCUUACACUCUCAAGGGGUAGGAGGAAACUGUUGCGGGCUUUAUUGGACGAUCCUGGAUGUGAUUAUUUCUUGGAUACAGCCUGUACGAUCCCUUGUUGCGCGGAACAUGACAUAUGUUUCAAGGAGAAUAACUGCACUCUCCUUUCGUGGUUGGGUUUUGAAAGUAGCAAUUGUGACAGCUGCAAUGGAGCAGUAUUUUCUUGUCUUCUAUCCUCCGCUUCACUUACGUGCGAACAAUGCCGCGAGAAUACUGCAGCUGGCACUUCUUGCUACGACAGAAGUUGUAACGUCCAGUACGACUGUCCUGGGGCUUGCCCCUGUUUGUCACUCUCAACCCCUCCUGAAGGAUGUUGUAGCUGCGCACCACCCACCUGUGAAACCCCAACCCCUACUCCAACUCCGACCAAGACGGAGUAUCAGGAUUGCAAUUGCACCAAGGACUGUAGCAAUUGUGUUGUCGGCUCUCAGUGCCCUCGCGCGCUGUGUAGAAGUGUGGAGAGCGUGGACAAGGCCCUGGCGCGUGUGGUACACUAAGGCUGCCGUUCAGUGCCGGGAGGAGUUUCGAGAGCGAGCUGAGCAGGGAGACACGGAAGCACAGUGCAACCUGGGCCUGCUGCGACAGCGCGCUUCGGGUGCUGGCAAGAACCACAGGAAGGCCAUCGAAUGGUACCGGAAGGCCGCAGCGCGCGCAUGCCAGUGUGGGGGCGUGUUACGAAGAAGGCACCAGUGUGGGCAAAGACGCGGGGAAGGCCGUCGAAUGGUGCCGAAAGGCUGCAGCGUGGCUGCAGCGCAAGGGCAUGCGGGGGCCCAAGCCAAGCUGGGGAAAUGUUACGAAAGCAGAAUCGGCGUGAAGAAGGACGAGAGAAGGGGCAGUGGUGUGGUCGUGGACGAGGGGAAGGCAGUAGAGUGGUUCCGAAAGGCUGCCGAACAAGGGGAAGCGAGCGCGCAUUACUUUUCGCGGUUGUGUUACACCGGUGGCAUCGGUGUGGACAGGGACGCGGUGAAGCUGGAGCGGAGUGGAUUCGAAAAGCAGCCGAGCAGGAGCAUGCAGCUGCGCGCAGAAUGCCUGCGGGAGGUGCUGUGCUCAAAGGCGGAAGGGCGUCGUCGCGGAGAACGCGAGGAAGGCGGUCCAAUGGUACCGGAAGGCUGCACGGCGCAGGGGGAUGAGGGCGCUCAAGUGCAGUUGGGUCGCUGCUAUCUUCGAGGCGAUCGCGUGAUGCGGGAUGUUGCGCGUGGUGUGGACUGUUUCUGUAAGGCUGCCGAGCAGGGGGACAAGGACGCCCUAUUCGAGAUCGGCGCGUGUUACGAGCGAGGCGUGGGCGAUGCGGCUCGCGGAGCGGAGUGGUUCCGGCGAGCCGCAGAGCAGGGGCACGCGGGCGCGCAGUUCAAUCUCGGCGUCUGCCACGAGCGAGGUGCGGGUGUGAGCAAGGACGAAAAGAAGGCAACUGAGUGGUAUCGAAAGGCCGCCAAAGGGGGAUCAGCGCGGGCGCAGAACAGCCUGGGCGUCUGCUACGGAGCGGGCACGGGUGUGGGCCAGGAUGUGGAAUUUGCGGAGAAGUGGUUUGCGGGGGCUGCUCGGUCGGGCGAUUCGAUGCGAUGUCCAAUAUGCGCAAGCUCUGGGCGAGAGGCCUCGGCAAACGCUGACGUCACGGCGCACACGCCGUUCAACGUCACUUCGGGGGCGACUCCGAGGCUGGCCCUAACGAGCCGGCGGCUCCUUGCAAUCCCGCGCUGA